CCACACAGCAAUGGGUCCUCAAAGGAUCUAUCCAGGCGUCGAGAUUAUCUGGAAAAUCGGAAAAUCCAGAAAAUCUCUCAUCGAUAUGUGAGAGAUAAUCCGUCGCGCAAAUAUUCAAAAUCUGAAAUGUCUUCCACGUUAAAUUAAAGUGUAUAUAAACCAAAUUCGAAACGAAGUCUUCCAUAAAAAUAGUUAUUUAAAUUGAAAUUAUUUUAUUUAUUUUGAAUUUUACAAAAUAAUUUAUAUUGUGAUAGUGAAUUGAUAUUCUUUAGUGAUAUAAAAAUCGUCUUCCAAAUAUUUAUGUAACAAAUAGAAUGUUAUAAAAAUACUUAUCUACAACCGAGAUGUCUCAACAAGAAAUGACUUAUUAUGGUAGCAUAGUUGGACAAAGUUCUAAAAAUCCUCACAAUCCUAAUAAUAAACGACAGGCUAAGAAAAAAUGGAAAAAAAACCGUUUUGGUACCAACAAGUUCUUUUAUUACGAUUUAUACGCGCGUAAAAAACAAAAUGCAAAUCGAAAUCAUUUCUCAUUGGAUGAAAAGACAAUAUUUGAGAGGUUGUGGAAGGGAGCGAUUCUUCAGUCAUUUCAAGAGCGAGCACCUUUCAACGGUAACCUCCAAAAGGAGGGAUGUUGCUGUCAUUGCAAGUGCGAUGUUGCCGGUGGCGCGAGGCACGCUAAUAAUGGUCCUCAGUUACGUAUAGGGGGUAGUGGAAAAACCAUGCGCUCCGUUGUUAGCGUGACUGAGACCCACCAAGUUGCCGAGGCACAACAGGAAAAAAAUGCUCGUUUACGUGAAGCGUUCGGUAUUUCAGAGUACUUCGUAGACGGUAGCAGCUUCGAUCCCGAUAGACAAGCUAAAGAAAAACUCGCGAAAAGCGUCGCCUUGCAAGAAAAGGAGAGGCAGAAAGCACUUGAUAGAGAAAAACAAAGAGAACUGGAAAAAUCUCAAGCUCAAAGAUAUGAAUUGGUCCAUACGCCUAGUCCAGAACCAGAUGAAGAGGAAAUGGACGAGAACGAGGAUAAAGACAAAAGUGUAAAGAAAAAGAAGAAGAAAACGAGAGAUAGUCCAACUGUGGAAGAUGGUAAAAAGAAAAAGAAGAGAAAAAGCAAAAAGAAAGAAAGAUCCGUGAAGUCGAAAGACAAAAAGAAAAAGAAAAAAUCGAAGAAAGGCGAUUCGUCAGAAGAAACUAAUUCAGAAGAUGAUUCCGAUGAUGAAUCGAGUACUGAUGAUGAUAGAAAACGAAAGAAGAUCAGGAAAAAGGAGAAGAAGAAAUCUUCAAAAAAGAGAAGACACUCAUCUGAAGAUAGUUCUCGAGAUAGCUCACUGAACAAUACAAAGAUAGCAAAACUUGACAAACCUAAAAAUGAUUCGAAACAUCGAUCACGUAGCAAAGAUAAGAGAGGUUCGUCGCCAAUUAGAUCACUCAAUUCAAAAAAAGAAAGAUCCCAUUCUCAUGGAUCACUGAAAAAAUCUUCAAAAUCGCACGGUGGAAAGAACACUAGGGACGAAAAAUAUGAAAAAUCUACUAAGUACGAAGAAAAAAGAAGACAUUCAAGAUCUAUUGAAAAAAAAAGAUCAAAGUCCAAAGAAAAACGGAGAAGUUCUAUAGAAAGAAGAAAGCGAUCUCGAUCUCCACUACAAAAAGAAAAACCUAAAUCAACGGAAAAGAAAAGGUCUAGAUCUAGAUCUCAGCGAAAAAAGAGAUCUAGAUCCAAAUCUGCAGAUCGAAAAAGACGAUCUGGAUCAAGAACAAUGAAAAUACCUGAAAGAGAGAGAAAAAGAAAGGAAUCCAGGUCGCAAGAAUUUAGAUACAAAUCGAAGAAAUCGUCAUCACGGUCUCGACGAUCCCCGUCAGAAGACGAUAGAUCUUUAUCUAGGCUAAAACAAUCCGAAUCUCGAAGAUCGAGAAAAUCUAAUUCAAAUCACGUUGAAAGAUCUAGAAGUCAAUCGACCUCAAAAGCUAGUAAAUCUAGUUCUAAAUAUAAAUCAAGAAAGUCACGAUCCAGCUCAUCAGAAAAAUAUCACAAACGUAAAGCUGGCGAUGAGUCGGUAGAUAAUAGGAAGAGGAAAGAUCGUUCUAUUGAAGAAUCUAAAAAAAAGAAAUCAAAAUCUCCAGAAACACACCGAAAAAAAUCAAAGCACGAUUCGACAGACCAGCAUAGUAAAAAAAUUGUUUCUGAAGAUGAAGAUGGUUUGGAUGACAUUGCAAGAAAAAAGCAAAAAUACGAAGAGGAGUAUGUGGAAAUGGCUAGAAAGCUGAAAUUAGAUUCUACAAAAAAACGAGGAAGAAGUAAAUCUUUAUCUAAGGAACGAUCGAAGAAGGCAGAUAAAUCGCAUUCAAUGGAAAAAACUUAUGGAAGAAAUUCUAGAUCUGUAUCUAAAGAUAAAGUAGAUAGUUCCAUGAAGAAAUCAACAAAACAUCAGUCACGGGAUAAAAGUAAAUCGAAAUCAAUGGAAAAGAAAUUGAAAAGGAGUGAAAGAUAUGAUAGGAACCCGUCUCCUUCACGAAGCAGGUCACCAAAACAUAGUCAAACUCGAUCUAAACUUAGUCCAAGUUUGAAACGACAUAGUGAUUCACCAGAAUCCAAGCUUUCCCCAAAAAGACAAACCAGAGAAGUAGUAUCAAAAGAAAGACUGUCAACUUUAGUAAGUAAUCAAAAAAGUACUGACAUCCCAUCAUCGUCUCAUAAAAGUGUGGAUUUAAUCAAAGAAGACUCAAAACGUUCUAACAAAUACUCAAAAAAUAACACAUAUUCACCUAAAAUUGGUAGAACCAGAUCUAGAAGUAAGAGUCACGAACGAAAUGUAGAUGUAAAUGUUACUAAACUGACAUCUGCUUCUCCUAAAAAUCUCCCUAAGAAGUCUGUGACACCUGAGGUGACCAAGGAAAAGGUUCGUGAACAGAAUAAAAAAAAAUCUUCCGAGAAGUCAAAGCCGAAAAAACCUCUGCCAGUUGUGAGGUUAAGAGCAUCUUCAAGCGAAGCCGAUCCAUCAGAUAAUGAACUUGAAAAAGAAGAAGAAGUAGACGAUAAAGAAUUCAGAUACUUGAGACUUUUAAAAUCCGAUCUGGCAGCUAAAGCAAAAGAAAGUCUAGAAAGGAAAAAAGAAAAACCCCCAAGUCCAAGACCAAUUGUUAAACGACACAUAGAAGCUGACUUUUUUGAUAUCAAAGUUUUACCUCUAAGAAACGGAAAAGAAAUUAGUCCUACAUCAAUAGAUAAGGACGAUUUUAAUAUAAAAAAACAUAGGCCAAGGAGCAAGACCAGAUCGAGAUCGAAGAGCUCGUUUUCUAGAGAAAAAAAUAGUAAGAGUAAAUCUAAAUCGAGAUCCAGAAGUUCUUCCGAAUCUUCCUCGAGUUCAAAAGAUAGACUUAGUAGAUCGUCGUCGGAUUCAAGUAAAUCGCAGUCGAGGUCUAGAUCAAGAUCGUAUUCUCGAUCAAGAAGUGGAUAUAGUUCUUCUAGUUCAACAUCAAGUAGUACUACAAGAUCUAGAUCACCUUCUAUACCCAGGAGGCAUGGGUCUCCCAGCUUUUUAGACAGAAGACGGAUAACCAGUGCAAGAAAGAGACCAAUCCCUUACACAAGAGCUUCACCUUCUUCUCCUUCUUCUGCGAGCAGCUGUAGCAGCAAAAGUCUUUAUUACAGACACCGAUCUACUAGCAGAUCACUCAGCAGAAGAUCUUCUCAUUCAAAAUCGAGAAAUAGCUCUCCUGUAAGGUCGUCAAAGUCACCCUAGCGUUUAAUUGAUUGUUUGGAGGAGGUUAUAAAGAAAGUGCAAUAAUUUUUUUUUUUAUAUUUGGUAUGAUAUUAUUAGUGUGAUUUUUAACAAAAGGGUGUAUGACAUUAAACUUUUGAUUUACUGCCAAGUCGCCAGACUGUUAUAUAAAAUUAGGCAUUACCUAUACAAAAGAUGAAACUAGAAGAAAUUGUCAAAUCAGACAUAUCGAUUGCCUAUUUUUGUUCUAUUUGGAAAUAUUUUCUGAACAAGAGAAUUUAUUUCUAAUCUACAAAUGUAAUAGAAAGUUUUGAUAAAUGCUAAUCAACUCGACUGUAUCACGGGUGUCAAAAUGAAAGUGGGGAAGGAUAUGAGACCCCAAAAAUGGAAUUUUUUAAAUAAUUCAUUGAAUUAAAAAAAUUAUUAGUAACAAAACUUAAUUUAAUUUAAAAAAAUUAGGGAUUUUUUUCAUAAUGGCUUAGAAAUAAAUCGAAAAUUUGAAAAAAAGUUUUAAGAAAUGACCAUAAAGCUGGAAAUAAUAUUAGAAAAAAUCUUAGUAAUUAUCUAGAUUAAAUUACACCCCUCCGAUAUCGUUAAAACCAAUAUAUUGGAGCUUGCAGCAAAUUUUGGAAAGUGAAAACUUUUUAUUAAACUAUAAAACCAAGCUUUCGGGAAAAGUUCUUUCCAUCAUCAGGGAAACUACAAUAUAAGUGUUAAAUACAGGGCCGGAUUAAGAUUUAUAAUGCCUAAGGGCUAAAAUAAUGACGGGAACCCCUUAAGGAAUUCGGAAACCCGGAAAAAUUCACAAAAUAACAUCAAUACGUUAGAUUUGUGGUCUCAACACAUCAAAAAAUACAGAAUGAUUUUCAAAUGAUGGGGCCCGGUGCUAUAGCCCCCAAGCCCCUAGCUUAGUCCGGCCCCGGUUAAAUAUAUAUUCUGAAGUUGACUUACGUUCAGUUUGACGAUGAAUUCCUAGGUUUUAUCUUAACGAAGUAAACUAUAGUAGAAGAUUAAGAAGUUAAGGUUCACCUUGAAUAUGUAUAUUGUAAUUAAAAUUAAUUUGUGCAUUCACAUAUUCAAUGUGAACCUUAACUCCAUAAUCUUAUGGUUUACUUCGUUAAGGUAAUACUUAGGAAUUCAUCGUUAAAUUGAACGUAAGUCAACUUCAAAAUAUAUAUUUAACACUUAUAUUGUAGUUUCCCUGAUGAUAGAAAGAACUUUUCCCGAAAGCUUGGGUUUAUAGUUUAAUAAAGAGUUCUCACUUUCCAAAAUUUGCUGCAAACUUCAAUAUAUUAUUUGUUCUAACUACAUCUGUCUUGGUAUUUAAAUUAAUCGUUCAAAGAAAUAAAAGAGGAACAGAAUAGGACAGUGUAAAAAAUUGGUCUAAAGUUUAAACAAAUCCUCCCCUACAGCAAUCCCGACUGGUUUACCCAUCUUAAUUAUCGAUUUUUAUGAAACCGUAGACAAAAAUCGUUGAAUUUGAUUAAAUGAUUACUUAAAAAUUAAUGGUUGAAAGGAAUGAAAGCAUUAAAAUGAUCUGUGCAAUAAUACAAACAUUUAAUUCUUGUUUCCUCAUGUGUCUGACCUCUCUCGGGUUUCCUUCUAAUAGAGUUUUCUCACUCAGGUACAAUACAAUACCUAUAGAACGAUUUUUUAACUUUUCCAAUGACUCAUCGAUAUUCUAACCUAUAAAGUAACUUUCACACUUGAAAAACGUCUCUAUGUUACGGUGCCGACAAUAUUCAUUUUCUAUCUUGUUUGAGACACUUUUGUUUCACUUAGUUGGAACACCUCCCACUUCCAUAGAAACUGUUCAUAUAGGAGUAUUACAUUUAUAUGAAGAAAACAAAUUCUGUACGUGAUCCAAAGCCCACGAAAAAUAGCAGCGUUCAAAUGAACUCAAAUUUAACUGAUACUAUUAUUUUAAAAAUUAUUUUGACUUUUAGACAGAAUAUAUAUUUUUAUUGAGUUAUAGCUAUCUGAAGAGUGAAUCGAAAAUAUUUAAAAAAAUACAUGCACUCCCUUUCACAGUGGCAAAUUGGUUAGAAAUUUUACAUCAAAGUUCUUAUGUUGGCCAACUAUUUUCUAAUACCGUAGUCAAGAUUAACAAUUUGGUGUACUUGGCUUAUAAACAUUCCAAAUUGUUAAUAUUUGAUAUAUGCGAAUGUGUCAGUACUUAUUUUACAUAUUUUUAGAACUCUAUAAAAAGAAUAAGUUAAAAUAACAAAAGCGUCUAUUGAAUCAAGAAAUUUGGUCCCUGAUGGUAAUCCAACUACGUUACAGCUGCUGAUGGCUAUCUUGUGCCCAUUUAUGGAUAUAGGCGUCUUUAUAAUAUCAUAUCAUUUCGGCACACUUAUUCUUAAAAUAAAACACACAUAAAGAAUUUCCUCCAAGAUGUACAUAUUUAGUCAAUUUGGUAAUAACUGUUCAAAAUUCAUGUUUUCCGAUAGACACUGCAAAAAUUAAUUUAAACUUGUAACUGCUUGUUCCAACACUUGAAGAUAUGAGAGACUCAAUUGAAAUAGAUCGAGCAAUAAUUUUUGUUUUCAAAAUUUAUUCACCGAAUAUUUUAUCACCUCAAUGAAUAAACUGAUAUCGAACUCCCAAAAAAAAUUUGCUAUUGAACCAAAUAAAAAGUUAAAAUGAAAGUUGGAUAGUACAAGGAAAAAUAAUCCUGGAAACAUCAAGUAAUUUUGCUUUGAAAAUAUUUGUUGGAUAUACACAAUUCUCUAAUUACAACGAAAUUAGAAAACGUUCAAGCAACCAAAAAAUCAUGCGUAGGCAACAAUACUGAAUAAAAUAAGUACACUGAGUUGCUAUGUAGUUUUCUCCUAAAUAUUUCCUAUUUAUGUUUAUUUAUCAAAUGUAAUUAGUUUAAAUUGAUAUCAAUCAUAUGAGUAGUCAAGAGAUAAAAAACCCGAGGUGGGUAUAAUACCUGGUUGUCCAACAAAGUGGAGAAAGUUGGUUGCCUAUAUAAAAUAAGUACUUACAUACUUGUAUACUAUAAAUAUUUGACAUAAUGUAAUUUAAGAUAUUAAAUUUAUAUAUACCUAUUAUUUAUAUUUAUUUUGUUGUAAUUUGAACCUAAAACGUAUAUACUGAAAUUUUUAUUUACAUAUAUUUAUUUAUUAUAUUUUUACACAGUUUUUUUUACAUCAUAUUAUUUAUUAUAUUUAUACCACAACUAUCUAUAAUCACUCAAUGGGUUCAGAAACUAUAUAGUGCAAAUCCUAUUUAUAAUUAAAAAUAUUAUUUGAACACAUAUCCAUAGAUCCAUUUAUUCAAACUCGAAGUUAAUUUUGCAAUUGAUUUUUUCAACAAAAUGUUCCAGUCUCCUGUUUUUAUCUGCACUAUAUAUUUAAUGUUUACAAUACUCUAGUCAUAUUUUUAUUUACAUUUGUGUGAUAUUUCUUUUUCGUUAUAUUUAUUUAUUUAAAAAUAAUCAUGUAGAUACUACUAA